UCCACCACGAUGGCGAACAAGAAGCGGAAAGCGCAUGAUGCCAUCACGGCCGACAUGGACUACACCGCGCCACGGCGCAAGGCUAGUUCCGCCCGCUCAGCUCCUAUCACAACCCCGACCCGAAUCACACGGCUGAUGGGCCUUGAUGCCCCACGUCGAGCUGUGUUCAAUACCGCCGAGUUGCUCGAAAUCAUUCUUUUGUUCCUGCCGGCGCGCUCAGUCUAUAGCGCGUGCCGGGUCUCGCAACAAUGGAAUGCCCUCGUCAGGACCUCCAUCGCGAUCCUGCAAAAGUUGCUGAUCAAACCGUCAACGCCGAAGCAAGCAUGGCAGGUCAGCAACCACGACUGUUCGGUUGUCCCUGCCGAGACGCCACCGCUUCUCGAGCUCAACACAGGCACUGAGACUCCGGUCGUCGUAAACCCGGUGAUAAUCAACCCUCUUCUCGCCGCUCCGUAUGAGUCACUUGGUUGUCUCAUUGCCCCGUGGCCAGUAUGGGAUGCUGUGAAGCUUACAAUAUCCGACAAGACAAUGAAUAAAAUGAACCUAGGUCGACCUGCACGAAGCUCGCUCCUUUCACAACUCACCGAUCCGCCAUGUCAGAAAGUGGUGAUCAAACGUCGUUGGCAAUCCAAGGAGGAAGUAGAGCCUGGAGGUCGGGAAAGAAGAGACACUGGUUACAUGCGCUGGGCCGUGCAAAAGUCCGCAGAGGAUGGCGUUACAUUCGGAGAUCUGUUCCAUGCCUUGCAGAGCCGUGGCUCCAAUCAUCAUCAUCCAACCACGAGCCAAGCCAACUCGUCCGGAGCCUUGAACACUAGGCCAAACGGUGCACACGAAUGGUUAAAAAUCAGAGUCUUUGAUCUUGAAAUUUAUUUGUAUGGCGUCGUGGUUCCACCUGAGGGUUUUUGGCGGGAGAUGGCUGAAGUCGGCAGAGCGAGCUUGCCGGAGUAUCCAAACUAAACACAUGACAGCUUGGUCGAGACUCAGGACGAAGACGGGCUCCCAAAAAGAGACAACAGUGCGCUCGCGCAUCCAUGUGCAACGGAUGAGCCCACCCCGAGCGACGACUCGAAGAUAGGUAGUUACGAUUGCUUUCUGCUCUAAAGUCGACGGAGUAGAACUGCAGAGGACCUCUCUUUCCUUGGCAAACAGCACCAGCCCGCGCUCGACGGGGGAACAGCUUGGUGUGCACUACUACCUACACAGUCAAAGUCUUCAACACGAGUAGGCCGAGAAAACCACGUCAGAGCGAGCAUACCAACCU